AUGAUCCUUGUGUACCAUUCCAAAGUGCCAAAGUCUCAGCCACCAAAAAAUGCAACAAAGAAGAAAAAUAAGGAAAAAGCGUCGAAAGUUGACAUUGAGGCACAAAAAGAUGUUAUUGAGACGAAGAACAAAUUUAUGCAGUCGCAAACAUACUUGGAUAAUGCGAUGAAGGACGAAGAAAAUAGCUUAAAUUCAAAAAUAAAACGAUUGGAGUAUGAAUGUGAGAUUUUUAAAACAGAAAACAUAAGGCUGAAGAAUGGCAAUGAUUUAUUGAAUGAAAGAAUAGAAACUUAUCGUAUACUAAACAAAAGAUCGCAACUAAAUAUUUUGCGAUACGGAAAGGAAUUUGAAGAGAUAUCCAAAAUAGAUGCUGCAAAAAAAAAAAAUUGGAUGCUACGGCUGCUAUCAUCCACUCCGCAGCAUAGGUUGUAUAGUAAGAACCAAGCAGUGCCUCCAAUGAAUACUUUACCAAAAACUUUUGUAGAAGAUAAAGGUAGCUCACUUGAUAAUAAAUCCCUAAAGGAAACGUCAGAACUACCCAGUCCUGUCUAUGAUACAAAUGUAGAUGACAGUAAUUAUGACAUGGAAAUUGAUGCCAUUUCUGGCAGGAAUUUGGAUGAUAAAAUGGAAAAUGAAAAGACAAAAAGAACACAUUCCUCGAGGAAAAAGAGAUUGGAUUUCAGUGAUGAAUUGGCUAUAUCUCCAAAAAUUCCAACCAAAAAACACCGUUCUGAUUGUAGUGAAGAAACAUCUGAUUCAGGUAUCGUAGAAUUACUUGCCAGCAGCUUGAGAAAUGUUUCUCAAAGUAAAUUAUCUUCUCAAGAUUUCAUGCAAAUAUCGGCUGGCCUUUUGAAGAAGGCUCAUAAAAAAGGAAAUGUCGAUAAUGAUGCAAAUACGGACGAUUCGGCAAACGAAUCAUCGUAUUUUGCUAAUUUUGGACACAAAGAAACUGUAACAAAUGUGGAUAAUGUGUCAGUGAAGUGUUUGAAGACUUAUCUGAACAAAACCGCUAAAUUGAGUUUAGAAGAAAUAAGAAAGAUUGUCGCUAAAAAGCGCCAUAAUAACAGAAGAGAUCAAUAA